GACCUCGAAGCGCAAACCCGCGCAAACACGGACUGGUGCUAAUGGUCCUCGCGGAGUGACGUAGGAGCCCGGUCCGUCGUCCCGUUCUACCUCGCGCUCCUCCUAGUCAGCCGCACGGCGUUGCUGCGAGCGCGCGUGCCACGUCCUUGCGCCGGGACUUCUCCAGACUUCUGCUCGCGUCCUUACGAGGGAAGAGAGAGCCCGCUUUUUCAAAAAAAAAAAAAACCAACCCAGCGAGCAUCGCCGAGGCGAGCAAGAGGUCGGUCGUCGUGGGGGUGCUCUUUUUUUUUUGUUUUUUCGGCCUAAAUCGCUUCUCCGCCGUGAAGAUGCGCGCGAUAGCCCUGCCGCUCGCGCUGGGGGUGUUCGUGCAGUGCGGCAUCCUUGCUGGAAAGGUGAACAAACACAAGCCAUGGAUCGAGACGUCCUACCAUGGCGUCAUCACUGAGAAUAUGGACACUGUCCUGCUGGACCCGCCACUGGUCGCCUUGGACAAAGACGCCCCCGUCCCCUACGCAGGAGAGAUCUGUGCGUUUAAGAUCCACGGGCAGGAGGCCCCGUUCGAGGCAGAGGUGCUGAACCGGACGUCGGGGGAAGGCGUCCUCAGGGCCCGGGGCCCAAUCGACUGUGAGCAGCAGAAGGAGUACACCUUCAUCAUUCAGGCGUACGACUGUGGUGCCAGCGCCACUGGAUCCAACUGGAAAAAGAGCCACAAGGCGGUGGUUCAUGUCCAGGUGGAUGACGUGAACGAGUUCUCACCGGUGUUCCGCGAGCCCGUGUACCGGGCCGCAGUGACGGAGGGGAAGAUCUACGACAGCAUCCUGCAGGUGGAGGCGUGGGACCAGGACUGCUCACCCCAGUACAGCCAGAUCUGCAACUACGAGGUGGUCACGCAGGACACGCCCUUUGCCAUCGACCGCAACGGAAACAUCCGGAACACGGAGCACCUGAGCUACGACAGGCAGCAGCACUACAAGAUCCUGGUGACCGCCUACGACUGCGGCCAGAAGAGGGCGACGGAGAGCGUGGCCGUCCACAUCGACGUCAAGCCUGUGUGCAAGCCCGGAUGGCAGGGAUGGAGCAAGCGAGUGGACUAUGACCCCGGCACAGGCAGCAAGCAGCUCUUUCCCAUGAUGCACCUUGAAACGUGUGACGGGCCCCUGUCCUCGGUUCGGGUCACAGUGGAACUGCAGACCCGUCACAUUGGAAAGGGCUGCGACAGAGAAACCUACUCAGAAAAGUCCUUGCAGAAGCUCUGUGGUGCUGCUUCAGGGAGCAUGGAUCUUCUCCCGGUCCCCAGCUCUUCCACCAACUGGACGGCGUCUCUGUUGACGGACAGCGGGCGGGACAGCGACCUAAUCUUCCGUUUCGACGGCCGGCAGGCUGCCAACAUCCCGGAGCGCGUGGUGCCUCAGAACCUAACGGACCAGUUCACCAUAGCCACGUGGAUGAAGCAUGGGCCCAGCCCGGGCUUGAGAGCUGAGAAAGAGACACUGCUGUGCAACUCGGAUAAAACCGAGAUGAACAGGCACCAUUACUCCCUGUACGUGCACAACUGUCGCCUCGUCUUCCUUCUGAGGAGAGACUUCACGCGGACAGACACGUUCAGACCAGCGGAGUUCCACUGGAAGCUGGAGCAGAUAUGCGAUAAAGAGUGGCACUACUAUGUCAUCAACGUGGAGUUUCCCACGGUGACGCUCUUCGUCGACGGUGUGACCUAUGAACCUUACCUUGUGACAGACGAUUGGCCCAUCCACCCCUCCCAGAUCGAUGUGCAGCUGACCGUUGGCGCCUGUUGGCAAGGCGGAGAGGUGACAACGCCGCGCUUCACGCAGUACUUCCGAGGGAGUCUGUCGGGACUGACCGUUCGUCCCGGGAAGAUCGAGACACAGAAGGUCAUCUCGUGUCUGCAGGCGUGCAAGGAGGGGCUGGACAUCAACUCACUGGAGAGCCUGGGCAAAGGCAUCAAGUUCCACUUCAACCCAGCCCAGUCUGUGCUGGUUAUGGAAGGAGAGGAGCUGGAGAGUAUCCACGCUGCCAUGGCCAAGGUCUCCUACAUCAACUCACGCCAAUUCCCCACGCCGGGGCUGCGGCGUCUACGGGUGACCACCGCCGUUCAGUGUUUUGGUGAGGACACAUGUAUCUCGAUCCCGGACACAAAGGCGGCGGUGAUGGUGCUUCCUCCCAGUGAGCCACGCAUCACCAUCCUGGGAGCAGAGAGGGUCACGGUUCCCGCCGCUGACCUCUGCAGCCCUGCCGGGGUCGCGCUCUUCAGCGAGGUCCACAUCAUCAGCACCAUCAGCAAGAGUGAUAGCGCCUUCAGCACAGGCCACAGACCCGGUGUGCUGGAAGUCAUGCAUAACCUGGACUACUGUGACGUGCUGGUGAUCGGAGAGGAGCUGAACCCCGAGCAGGAGGGUGUGGAGAUCCAUCACAGCUCUCUGCUGGGCAAACAUCUUGACGCCACCAACUCCACCUCCGGCAUGUCCGUAUACGGUGUAGACUCAAUGGCACAUUAUGAGCAGACCAUCCGGCAGGUGAGGUACCGCAAUCGUCAUCCGGCCGGCCUGUCGGAGAGAAAAUUCCGGCUCACCUGUUCCGAACUCAACGGCCGCUACACCAGCAAUGAGUUUAACCUGGAGGUCGGCAUAGUGCACAGCUCGGAGGCUGUGGAGCACGCAAACCAUGCCGCCGCCCAGGCCCAGUUCAUGCGUCCUGUGCAUCACCCGCUGGUGGUCCAUGCCGUGGACUCUGGCCACAUCUCAGGCACGCCCCCAGCAGCCACGGCAGUGAUCGUUCUGUGUAUCGCUGCCCUGGUGGCCAUUGUGGUGUUGGGCAUCUACCGCAUUCACACCACCCACCAGGAAGGCUUGCGAGAGGACGAAGAUGGGGGGAAGGAGCCAGAAAUGGACUGGGACGACUCCACCCUCACCAUCACUGUCAACCCAAUGGAGAAUAUUGUUGGCACACAGAGUGCAGGCGAGACCAGGGACGAGGAGCCUGAGGAGGAAGACGAAGAUGAUGAUGAUGAGGAUGAAGAACUGGCUGCAAAUCUGUCCAGCGCAGAGUCAGAGGACAGUGAGGAAGAGGAGCAGAGGGAAGUGAAGAAGGGCAAUCUGAAGGGCAGAGUGGAGUGGGAUCCCUCUACACUACCCUAUUAGCAUCCCAUUCCACUCUGUCACACACACACACACACACACACACACACACUCACACACAUACACACACACACCCACACACACACA